AUGGCGGCUGCGCAUGCAUCCCCUUCCACCCUCCGGCUCCAUUCCUCUCCUGCACUCGGUCCUUUCAUCGUGGUCCUGCAGAGGCACUGCGCAUGCUUCACGCCCAGCCGGCUCCUCGUCAUUCACUUCGAUUGGCUGGAGGACCAGCCGCUCCGGCACGGUCCUCCAGUCCCGCCCCCUCUUCCUAUUGGUCCGCUGCUGCUGUCAGUCAUUGUGAGCUGGAGCAUGCGCAAUCAGCGAAGACAGACGUCAUCAAACCUGGAGAGUCACGGGGACACCCGCACCAUGGAGAAACCAUGGAAAUGUGAGGACUGUGGGAAGGGAUUCAAUUACCCAUCCUGGCUGGAGAACCAUCGACGUAGUCACACCAGGGAGAAGCUGUUCACCUGCUCCGAGUGUGGGAAGGGAUUCACUCAGUCAUCCAAACUACUGAGACACCAGCGAGUUCACACUGGGGAGAGGCCGUUCACCUGCUCCGAGUGUGGGAAGGGAUUCACUCAGUCAGCCUACCUUCUGAGGCACCAGCGAGUUCACACAGCUGAGAGACCAUUCAGCUGUUCUGAGUGUGGGAAGGGAUUCACUCAGCUGUCCAACCUGUUGAUACACCAGCGAGUUCACACUGGGGAGAGGCCAUUCACCUGCUCUGUAUGUGGGAAAGGAUUCACUGGGUCCUCUGACCUGCUGAAGCACCAGCAAAUUCACACUGACGAGAGACCGUUCAGCUGUACUUCCUGUGGAAAGAGAUUCAGGUCUUCGUCCCACCUCACUGCACACCGGCGAGUUCACACUGGAGAAAGACCAUUCACCUGCUCCGAGUGUGGGAAGGGAUUCACUCAGUUAUCCAACCUGCUGAGACACCAGAGUGUUCACACUGGGGAGAGACUGUUCACUUGCUCCGAGUGUGGGAAGACAUACACUCAUUUAUCCAACCUGCAGAGACACCAGCUGCUCCACACUGGGGAAAGACCGUUCACCUGCUCCGAGUGUGGGAAGGGAUUCACUGAGUCAGUUGAUCUGCUGAGACAUCAGCGAGUUCACACUGGGGAGAGACCAUUCACCUGCUCCAAGUGUGGGAAGGGAUUCACUCAGUCAUCCCACCUGCUGAGACACCAGCGACCUGAAUAUCAUCGGAUUUUGAACAUGGAAGGAAAAAGCACCGUUCACAGUGGGGAGAAACUGCACACGUGUUCUGUGUGUGGACGAGGCUUCAGCCAGUCAUCUGACCUGUCAGAGCAUAAACUCAGUCACACUGGGGAGAAACCGUGGAAAUGUGGGGACUGUGGGAAGAGAUUUAAUUACCCAUCUGAGCUGGAAACUCAUCAGCGCAAUCACACAGGGGAGAGGCCAUUCAUCUGCUCCAAAUGCGGGAAGGGAUUCACUCAGUCAUCCACCCUGCUGAAGCACCAGCUAAUUCACACCAGGGAGAGACCUUUUAAAUGCCCAGAUUGUGGAAAGUGCUAUAAAAGUUCCGAGAACCUAAUGUGCCAUCAACGUGUUCACACUGACGAGAGACCGUUCAGGUGCUCUCACUGUGGGACUGGGUUCAAGCAAUCAUCGCAACUCACUGUCCAUCAGCGCAGUCACACUGGGGAGAGACCAUUCACCUGUUCCGAGUGUGGGAAGGGAUUCACUCGAUCAUCCCACCUGCUGACACACCAGCGCAUUCACACUGGGGAGCGGCCAUUCACCUGCUCCGAGUGUGGGAAAGGAUUCACUCAAUCAUCCGAGCUGCUGUCGCACCAGCGGGUUCACAUGGAGGAGAGACCUUUUAAAUGCCCAGACUGCGGGAAGUGCUAUAAAAGUUCCGGGGAACUGAUGCGCCAUCAACGUGUUCACACUGACGAGAGACCAUUCAGGUGCUCUCACUGUGGGACUGGGUUCAGGCAAUCAUCUCAUCUCAUUGUACACCAGCGGGUUCACACCGGGGAGAGACCAUUCACCUGCUUUGUGUGCGGGAAGGGAUUCAUUAAUUCAUCCCAACUGCGAACACACCAGCGAGUCCAUACUGGGGAGAGGCCGUUCACCUGCUCCGAGUGUGGGAAGGGAUUCAUCAAUUCAUCUCACUUGCUGACACACCAGCGAAUUCACACUGGGGAGAGGCCGUUCACCUGCUCUGAGUGCGGAAAGGGUUUCAUUACUUCACCCCACCUGCUGACACACCGGCGAGUUCACACUGGGGAGAGGCCAUACACCUGCUCUGUGUGUGGGAAGGGUUUUACUCAGUCAUCUGCCCUGCUGAGACACCAGCGAGUUCACAAAGAACAGCGGCAUUCCAGAGUUCAACUGAGUGAACCUUCUCUGAAUUGCUUCAAAUUGAAUUAUAUCCCUCCUCAAGAUUAUCCCACAAUUCAAGAUUAUCAGAAGCUGCGAAUGACUUUGAACAUGGAAGGAAAAAGCACCGUUCACAGCAGGGAGAAACCGUACACUUGCUCUGUGUGUGGUCGAGGCUUCAGCCAAUCAUCUGGCCUGUCGAGACACAAGUGCAGUCGCACUGGGGUGAACCUGUGGAAAUGUGGGGACUGUGGGAAGGGAUUCAAUUACCCGUCUGAGCUGGAAACUCAUCGACGCAGUCACACUGGGGAGAGACCAUUCACCUGCCCAGAAUGUAGGAAGGGAUUCACUCAGUCAUCUACCCUGCUGACACACCAGAGGGUUCACACUCAGGAGAGGCCAUUCACCUGUUCCAAGUGUGGGAAGGGAUUCACUCGCUCAACCAUCCUGUUGAAACACCAGCGAGUUCACAUUGACGAGAGACCUUUUAAAUGUCCAGACUGCGGGAAGUGCUUUAAAAGUUACGGGGAACUGAUGCGACAUCAACGUAUUCACACAGACGAGAGACCGUUCAGGUGCUCUCACUGCGGGACUGGGUUUAGACAAUCAUGUCAUCUGACUCUACACCAGCGGGUUCACACUGGGGAGAGACCAUUCACCUGCUCUGAUUGUGGGAAGGGAUUCAUUAAUUCAUCCCAUCUGCUGACACAUCAGCGAGUUCACACUGGGGAGAGACCGUUCACCUGCUCCGAGUGUGGGAAGGGAUUCACUCAGUCAUCGCACCUGCUGACACACCAGCGAGGUCACACUGGGGAGAGACCUUUCACCUGUUCCGAAUGUGGGAAGGGGUUCACUCAGUCAGCCACCCUGCUGAGACAUCAGCAAAUUCAUACCGGGGAGAGACCGUUCACCUGCUCAGUGUGUGGGAAGGGAUUCAUUAAUUCAUCUCACCUGCUGACACACCAGCAAGUUCACACUGGGGAGAGACCAUUCUCCUGUUCUGUGUGUGGGAAGGGAUUCCCUCAGUCAGCCACUCUGCUGAGACACCAGCAAGUUCAUGAGUAACUGGUGAUUGAAUUUUGCUGUUAAUCACAUUCAUAUCUGAACCAUGUUCAUUGAGGUCUGUUUCUGCUGAUGUUAAUAAACUCCAGCCCAGUUAUCAGUGUUAAU